AUGGGCCUGGACACUAUCAACCAGACAUGGGUGAGCGAGUUCAUUCUCCUGGGGCUGACCAGUGACUGGGGCACUCAAGUCUUCCUCUUUGUCCUCUUCCUGGUCAUGUACUUAGUGACAAUGGUGGGCAAUUCCCUCAUCCUUCUCCUCAUCAGCCUGGACAGCAGGCUGCGCACCCCAGUGUACUACUUCCUCAGUGUUCUGUCCCUGGUGGACCUUUGUUACGGAAACAGUGUAGGCCCACAGAUGCUGGUCCACUUCCUCUCAGCCCCAAAGCGCAUCCCAUUCUACAGCUGUGUGCUCCAGCUCUGGGCUUCCUUGGCAUUGGGUGGCUCCGAGUUCUUCCUGCUGGGGGCCAUGGCCUACGACCGCUACGUGGCAGUGUGCGUCCCGCUGCACUACACAGCUAUCAUGCACGGGCGGCUGUGCCUGACCCUGUCUGCCAGCUGCUUGGUGGCUGGCUUCUCCAACUCGCUGAUGGAGACGAUCCUCACCUUCCAGCUCCCCCUGUGUCACAACGUCAUUAAUCACUUCGCCUGCGAGACCCUAGCUGUGCUUCGGCUGGCCUGUGUGGACGUUUCCUUCAACAAGGUCAUGGUGGCCUUCUCAGGAUUUCUAGUGAUCUUGCUUCCUUGUUCUCUGGUCCUGUUCUCCUACGCGCGUAUAGUCACUGCCAUCUUGCACAUUCGUUCUGCUCAAGGGCGUCGCAAAGCCUUUGGGACCUGCGCUUCUCACCUCACUGUGGUCUGCAUGUGUUUUGGGGCUACCAUCUUCACGUACCUGGGGCCGCGCUCCGCCUCCUCUGUGGACAAAGAGAAGAUGGUAGCUCUGUUCUAUGCGGUGGUGGCCCCCAUGCUCAACCCCUUGAUUUACAGCCUGAGAAAUAAAGAUGUGAUGGCUGCUCUCCAAAAACUGUUAGAGAAAUUCAGAUAG